GGCCCAUGAAAAUAACUGUUUAUUUGUCCGGGUACGAUGUACCAAUAAUCACUGUGACGUCGUCUUGUUAAAAAGUGAUCUUCAACGUCAUUUGACGCAAGAAUGUCCUCGGAGGACCAUCUCCUGCCAAUACUGUCAGCAAAACUAUAUUUGGCGCCUUGAACAGGUACAUAUUUUCUAGAACCAGUCAAAGUUCCAGCCAACUUAGAUGAAAUUGCAUUGGUAGUCGGCAGAGAGGUUCUUUUUAUUGUUUUUGUUUCUGCAAUUUAAUACAGUCUUGCAUACGUGGACACUGUGAAGAAAUGGAAGCUACAUACUAUACCCACUCACCAAUAGCCUGCGAAAACAUCCGUUUCUCCUCGCUCUUCGUCGCUGGGGACGUUUCGCGCGGAGGAACGUCUGCGACUCAGCGACAGAAAUUCCAUACUGAUGACGCAAAUCAAUGUUUACUCAAUAAAUCCGGUAGUCAUGGGGUUUCAAAUGUAAAUUUAUUCAAUUUUAGGUCUCUCCUGGUCGAUUUUGGUGAAGUGCUGUGUUCAUCUGCGAACGAGCUCCAGCAAAACUCAAAUGUUUGCUCUAGAGAAGACUACAUUCCACAAAUAUUGACUGUUUUGUUAGAGAUUUAUCGCGUUUACAUUUGACCUUUGUGGCCUGUUGUCUUUUGUCUGUCAUUCGUAAACAAUAGCUAAAACAAUGUAACUACUCCGUAGUAGUAGGGCUUCAGCAAACUUAACCCCGUUGGUGUCUUCCCCUGUCUUCCCUCGCAAAAAAGUGGAUUCCCUUUAUUAAUAGGCAUAUGGGUCUAGUCUAUGACGUCACCUCGGAAAGAAGUGUCUUCCUGCAUACUAAUUUGGAUUAGGUUUACUAAUGAGCGUCACUCUACUACAAUAGGAACAAUAGGCUUGCCUAGACUUGCCCGGUAAGUAACUUGAGCCCGGUUUUCGGACCGUCUAUUAAAAGAAAAAUAGGAAUAAGAGAAGCGAUCACCUAGCAACGCGAGAAACGGCUUCCUAUAUCUUAUUUAGCGCUAAAACUCAGAUAUAUAAACAAAACACAUGUGCACAAAGUGGAGUUGAAAAGUCUUUAUUUCCGUUUAGUUUAUGUCUUCUUAUUGAGCUCUAAAACUCGGAUACAUAUAAACAAAAUACACAAAGUAGAACUGAAAACUCUAUUUCAAUUUUGUCUGACGUUUUCUCCGUUCUAUCUCGAGGAAAUGAAAAACUAUUAAAGUCUUGUAAUUUCACGCACGGUUAAUCAGUUAAUUAUGCGAUUUCGCAAGCCCAAAGUUGAAUACAAAUUAGCUCUACAGGAAAGACCCAAGGAAGAGAAUCUUGACGUAUUAUUAUAAAACAAAUAACUUAACAAGGAUCAAUUAAAACACGCGACUAAUAAUUGCUAGCAAUAAAAUCUGACACGAGAUACCGUUUAAAACAAAAAGAGUCAAAUACACAGCGAUUUGAAAGAAAUCUAUUAAAACAGUCAAAGAAAGCAAGUCAUGUUUUACUUACCCCUCUCCCUUUUCAAUUUUAUAUCCCUCUCAAUUUUUUUCUUUUUCUCUUCUCCACAAUUUUAUUGUUUUCCCUCCUCCUCCUCCUCCUCAUUUUUGUUUUCCCUCCUCCUCCUUCUCAUUUUUAUUGUUUUCCCUCCUCCUCCUCCUCCUCAUUUUUAUUUUCCCUCCUCCUCCUCCUCCUCAUUUUUGUUCCCUCCUCCUCCUCCUCCUCCUCAUUUUUAUUAUUUUCCCUCCUCCUCCUCCUCCUCAUUUUUGUUUUCCCUCCUCCUCCUCCUCCUCCUCAUUUUUGUUCCCUCCUCCUCCUCCUCCUCCUCCUCCUCAUUUUUAUUGUUUUCCCUCCUCCUCCUCCUCCUCCUCCUCCUCAUUUUUAUUGUUUUCCCUCCUCCUCCUCCUCCUCAUUUUUAUUGUUUUCCCUCCACCACCACCACCACCACCACCGCCACAUUUCUAUUGUUUUCCCUCCACCACCACCACCACCACCACAUUUCUAUUGUUUUCCCUCCACCACCACCACCACCACCGCCACAUUUCUAUUGUUUUCCCUCCACCACCACCACCACCACCACAUUUCUAUUGUUUUCCCUCCACCACCACCACCACCACAUUUCUAUUGUUUUCCCUCCACCACCACCACCACCACCGCCACCACAUUUUUAUUGUUUCCCUUAAAAUGUGGUGGCGGUGGUGGUGGUGGGUGUGGAGGGAAAACAAUAGAAAUGUGGUGGUGGUGGUGGUGGAGGGAAAACAAUAGAAAUGUGGUGGUGGUGGUGGUGGUGGAGGGAAAACAAUAGAAAUGUGGUGGUGGUGGUGGUGGUGGAGGGAAAACAAUAGAAAUGUGGUGGUGGUGGUGGUGGAGGGAAAACAAUAAAAAAUGAGGAGGAGGAGGAGGGAAAACAAUAAAAAAUGAGGAGGAGGAGGAGGAGGGAAAACAAUAAAAAUGAGGAGGAGGAGGAGGAGGAGGGAACAAAAAUGAGGAGGAGGAGGAGGAGGAGGAGGGAAAACAAAAAUGAGGAGGAGGAGGAGGAGGGAAAAUAAUAAAAAAUGAGGAGGAGGAGGAGGAGGAGGGAACAAAAAAUGAGGAGGAGGAGGAGGAGGGAAAAAAUAAAAAUGGAGGAGGAGGAGGAGGGAAAACAAUAAAAAAUGAGAAGGAGGAGGGAGGAAAACAAAAAUGAGGAGGAGGAGGAGGAGGGAAAACAAUAAAAUUGUGGAGAAGAGAAAAAGAAAAAAAUUGAGAGGGAUAUAAAAUUGAAAAGGGAGAGGGGUAAGUAAAACAUGACUUGCUUUCUUUGACUGUUUUAAUAGAUUUCUUUCAAAUCGCUGUGUAUUUGACUCUUUUUGUUUUAAACGGUAUCUCGUGUCAGAUUUUAUUGCUAGCAAUUAUUAGUCGCGUGUUUUAAUUGAUCCUUGUUAAGUUAUUUGUUUUAUAAUAAUACGUCAAGAUUCUCUCCCUUGGGUCUUUCCUGUAGAGCUAAUUUGUAUUCAACUUUGGGCUUGCGAAAUCGCAUAAUUAACUGAUUAACCGUGCGUGAAAUUACAAGACUUUAAUAGUUUUUCAUUUCCUCGAGAUAGAACGGAGAAAACGUCAGACAAAAUUGAAAUAGAGUUUUCAGUUCUACUUUGUGUAUUUUGUUUAUAUGUAUCCGAGUUUUAGAGCUCAAUAAGAAGACAUAAACUAAACGGAAAUAAAGACUUUUCAACUCCACUUUGUGCACAUGUGUUUUGUUUAUAUAUAUGAGUUUUAGCGCUAAAUAAGAUAUAGGAAGCCGUUUCUCGCGUUGCUAGGUGAUCGCUUCUCUUAUUCCUAUUUUCCUUUUAAUAGACGGUCCGAAAACCGGGCUCAAGUUACUUACCGGGCAAGUCUUCGACCAAUCAGGGCUUCUGACCGGAUUCUGGACAUAUUUUACGUCAUCAGUAUGGAAUUUCUGUCGCUGAGUCGCAGACGUUCCUCCGCGCGAAACGUCCCCAGCGACGAAGAGCGAGGAGAAACGGAUGUUUUCGCAGGCUAACUCACCAAAAGUGAAUGCACAAGUUCUUCUUUAGUCAAAUACUGAGCUAUUUCUGGAAUGAAAUUGUUUUAGUAUUUCUUCCCCAGUUUUUUCAGUAACUGUGGUAUUUCAGUUUGUAAUAUGUUUCGCGUAGUCACUUUCUUUCUACCUUGAAAAUUGUUGUUUAUUAUAUUUUUUUCAGGAGCACUUCAACUCCUGCCAACGAUUUCCGUGCACUUGCCUUCAGAGGUGUGGUCAAGACAACAUUCCCAGAAACGAGGUAUAUAACAUUUUGUGUAAAAUAUAUACGAUAUAUAUACAGCAGCGGAAAGGUUCUUCUUCAGUCGUAGCUAAGUAAACACUGAUAAUUACGUGUUAUAAAAAUUAGAAGAUACUGUGCAGCGCAAAUGAUCGAUUUUGAUAAACUUUGUAAGAAUCAAUUGAUAAUUACGACUGGGUUCAGGCAGUAUUUCUCUUUUUUCUGUGCUAAAUUAUUUAACUAGUCUUUGAUUCAUAGAAAUCGCAGGCCUUUUCAUGCACUACUCUAUAAAAUGUUUAUAAAUCUAUACAGGAAUCCUAUCCAAUUUUAAGCAGAAGUGUUCAACACUAAUUCUACACUACCCCUCAAUAUGUCACUGGCUCUCAUGACUGGAUAUAUGUGACAGGACAAUUGUUAGCUAAUCUGUGGAUAUAACUUCGUCAAAAACGCGAUUAAUCGAUUGUUUCUUCUGUUUUUCCACUUCAGCUAAACAGUCACCUGGAAAAAGACUGUGGUCUUACUGAAGUGAGCUGUUCUUAUGCACAUGUAGGAUGUCAGGCCAAGGUAACUAAACAGCUGUUGCUUAAUAUGAUACUGAUUCUGCUAUCCGUCAAACAAUUAAGCAAUAGACCACACUUUCUAUGGGUUUACAGGCAUGAUAACCUACUUGGGAUGUUGGGAGAACACAAGAAAAGCUUGUAAAUCACGAGCUUUUACAAAAUAACUUAAAGUUUUCUAUGAGUUUACCGGCAGAAUAAACCAUAGGUUUUUAACCAAUCAAAUACGCGGGUACCAUCUUAGUUUUUUAUAAUGGUCGCUAACUGAUGAGACAAUUCUUGUUCGCAGUUUCAAUUCAAGGAAUAGGCUAUUUCCGAGCUCCCCCGGGCCUCUGUUUCAAAACGAGGGUAGUUGCUCAGCCUUUGAUAUGGAAAUGAUUUUUCAUUCUCAUGCAAAUAUAACUCAUUUUCACAAGAAAGGUUGUGCACCUGGCCUCAUUUUGAAAGUGAGGGUUUUGGGAACUCGGAAGUGGCCUGUUAGACAGUUUUUCAAAUUAGGUAAUGAACGGACCUGAAAACUAAAAAAAAAUUCUUAUGGAUGAGUCUGUCUCAUUGGACUAAUUUUUCAUGUGUAGAAAUGGUAUACAGUAAAUGGUAAGUAAACGAAAUCACUUGGUCACGUGUUAAAAAUUGAUGUUUACCGUUUGCCUUAAAAAUGGCCAGGGAAGCGUGUGUCAAUAAGCAUAGUACUGAAGGCGGCCUCACUCUAAAGAUGAAGCUGUACAAUAGUCGCUAGAGAUCCCACGCUCAUUAUUUGACGGAAAUUAUUGUGCAUUGUUGGCGGUAGGGUCAGCAAACCUUUUAAAAUAGACCUUUUUACCGAUACGGCGGCCACAUUGAAUUUAUUAAAUUUAAGGAGUAUUAUGAGAUGCCCAGGCCAGGGGGCACUCGCUCAGUAUUUACGCGCGCUUUUGGGGCAAAAAGAGAUCUUCAAUGUAUAUUUCUCUGGAAAAAGGCGAUCAUUAUGACAUCCAAACACGGCACAACGAUCUUUUUCUCCCAUUACAAUCUUUUUCUAGGAAAAAUUAGAGAAAAAUUGGCCCGAAACGCGGGCGCAAAUACUGAUGCGAGUAUAUCGGAUCGUGCUCAUGCCCCUGGGCAUCCCAUAAUACUCCUUAAAUCCAAUUAAUUCAAUAUGGCCGCCGUAUCGGUAAGAAGGUCUAUUGCGGUGGGGUUGGAAUAGGCUCUGAGGGUAUAAAGGCGAUCAUUAAAUUUGUGACUUUCAAAUUGCUUUAAGUCGCUUCAAAGGGAUGUACUUUUUCUUCCAGGUUCCCAGAAACGCCCUCGGCCGACAUUUACAAUUAUGCUUGGAAAGCCAUUUAAACAUGGCUUGUAAAAAGCUGCAAUCCGUGGAAAAUGAAUUCACCAUAGCAAACGCACGGCUUGAAGAACUGGAAUCUUCGACUGCAGGAAAUUACAACAUCGAGGAAUUACACAGUACAGUGUCUCAUAAUGUCGAUCGAAUAAGCGCGAUAGAAGCAUCGCUCGCGACAAGCAAGCUUGAAAUUGCUGAGAGUAAUAAAAAGAUUAAGCUACUUGAAAAUCUAAACAUAAGAAAGCAACAAGAGUUUGAUGAAUUGAUUGAAAGGAACCGCAGAAUCUCGGAAGACUUGCAAAAUGAAAUCGAAGCUGUAAAGAGAAAGCUUCUAGAACGUUCUGGCCCAUCAGAAAGUGCAACAGGCGUACAAGCUGGUCUUUCAAGACCUUUAAAACUGCCGACGAUACUUACACCUACCGCGCCACCAUUUCCGCCGCCAGAGACAAGGCGCGAAUUGCAUCCCGGGCGUCAGAUAAAAAGCUCUCGUUACAUACGACCACAGCACAUUAAGGAAGAUGAAAGUACGAACGGAGACGAACAAUGUGAAGAAAAUAUCCCUGGUGUAAAGCCAUUGAUCUCGUCUCUUCAACAGCUAUCCACUGAUGUUCAUGUCAGUAAUAAGUUUAUCUGGAAAUUUACCCAAUUCGACGACGCCAUGCAAAAAGCGAAGUAUGGCUCAAAGAUGUUUUACUGUAGUGAUCCGUUUCUGACUGGUCCGUACGGUUACAAAAUGUGUGUAGAAUUCCACCCCAACGGAUUAAAUACAGGAUGGAACACACACUUAUCCUUAUUUGUUUGUCUUUUGAGGGGGGAAUACGACGACAUAUUACCCUGGCCUUUUAACCAGAAGGUGAUAAUCACUCUCAUUGACCAACAGCCGAAUCCAUAUCUGAAGAGAAACGUGCAGAUGUCGAGUCUUCCAAGAAACAAUGCACACUUAUGCUUCUGUUAUUCUAAACCUUCAGAAUCAAGACCGAGGAACACAGCUUUCGGUUUCUGCAAAUUCAUCACUCAAGAACGACUCAAAUCAAGACGCUAUCUUGCCAAUGACACUAUUUUUAUUUGUGUGGAAGUUGAACGUCUUAAUGGUUUUAUUUAA